AUGCCCGCCAUCACCCCCGGAACUGGAAAAGUGCUCGUCACGGGCGCGAACGGCUACAUCGCGAUAUGGGUCGUGCGUAGGUUACUGGAACAGGGCUACGCCGUGCGCGGCACCGUGCGCUCCCAUAGCAAGUCCAAGCACCUAUAUGAGACGUUCAAGUCCUACGGAAAUAAGCUGGAGAUCGUCAUCGUUGAGGACAUCACCAAGGAAGGUGCGUUCGACGAGGCUGUUAAGGGCGUCGUCGCGAUCGAGCACACCGCGUCGCCCUUCCACUUCAACGCCGCCGAGCCCAACGACGUCAUCUUCCCUGCGGUGAGCGGCACGCUGAGCGUCCUGCAGAGCGCGCUCAAGAACGGCUCUGCAGUCAAGCGCGUCGUCGUCACGUCCUCCUGCGCCGCCGUGCUCACUGUCUUGCCGGAGCCGCAUGUCUUCACCGAGCUCGACUGGAACAACAAGUCCGUCAAGGAGGUCGAGGAGAAGGGACGCAAUGCGGCCGGCUCGGACAAGUACAUGGCAAGCAAAACGCUCGCGGAGCGGGCUGCAUGGGACUUUGUCGCAAAGAACAAGGCGCAGCUCAGCUGGGAUCUCGUCGUGCUCAACCCGCCGUACGUGUUCGGUCCAAUCCUGCACGCCAUUGGACAGCGCGAACAGCUCAAUACGUCCAUGCACGAGUUGUUUUUCGCUGUGUUUGAGGGCGCGAAGGACAAGGCUACACUUGCUACUGGGUCAAGUUGGGUCGACGUGCGCGACCUGGCAGACGCGCACGUGCUCGCACUGGUGAAGGCGGAAGCUGGCGGCGAGCGCAUUAUCAUUUCUGGCGGCGCAUACAACUGGCAGGACUGGGUAAUCGCCGCGCGCAAGCUCGAACCAUCCACACCGGCAGGAAACGAGUCGUACAAGCCUGAGGAGGCCGUGUAUGUCACCAAUUACAACACCGCGAAAGAGGUCAAGCUGCUCGGGUUGCAGUACCACACGCUUGAGGAGAGCACGCGCGAUAUGAUUGCAGACUUCAAAGCACGCGGAUGGCUGAAGUAG